GGAGUUGACUCAUUUCCUGUUUCCUUUGUCUCAGUACUUUCCUGCAGAUGCAUCGUACACGAGUUCUAGUGCUGGCGUUGUGCUGAUGUUAAGCCCAGCAACAUUCUACAUUCGAGCUGGAGAAGAGCCAGUGACAGCAGUACUGUUUGCUCUGUCCUACAGUGCUCUCGAUCCUGUACCGGGUGCCUGCAACACUGAAUUUAUCCUGGAAAAUGACCCAAAUUUGCACUUGGUGUACAACAGUUAUGAAACUUCUGUUAUGUUUGCACCAGCUAACUUGGGUGCACCGAGGCAGUCGCUACCUCCUGCUUGUGAUGUGAAGACAGAUGUUUCGACACGAUGGAGACUGACCUACGAUAUUUGUCAGUAUUUUCUACCCGAGAAUGACCUCAGCAUGGAAAGUUUAUCAGAAGGAAUGAGAAAGAUGUCAUCUGUUCAAAAGAUAGAACAGAAUGGAAUAAAGAUCACCACAUUAAAUUCGUUUGAGCAGACAAUAAUCUAUGGAAACUCGUAUAUUGGCACUGGAGUGAUAUACAAUGUCAUUGUCCGGGACCCUGUUUGGAAAACCUCCGCAUCUUAUAUCCCUGUGUCUACAUAUGCCUGCACUUUGUCCUCUGCAGGAGAUCUCUGUGAGAAUUCAGAUAGAAAUUUCAUCUAUGUACAGGCUCUAUGCACAGUACUAGGAGCCUAUGGCUUAAUACUCUGUUUGAUUGGACAUAGAAUCUUUGAAGCAGAAUUUCUUUUCUUUGGAUUUUUGGUCUUUGGAUUCAUAAGCUUUGUGUUGGCAACGCGAUUCUCUGCACUUGACUUCAUCAAGCGGUUCCAAAUUAUGGUGGCAGCGGGACUGCUAGGUGGUGUGGUAGUGACACUGAUUAGGGGCAUUUUUGGUGUUCCCAUAUCCUGUGUAACAUUCGUGGGAACGGUGCUGGGAUUUCUGGUAGCGGCAAUUGUUUUCUUUACUCCGCUUGCAAAUUUUACCGUAUUUCGCAACGACAUCAACUUCUGGAUUAUUUUUGCCUGUGUGAUGCUGUUGGUGCCUACGGUUUUGAUUCUGUUUCCAAGGACAUUGAACAUCAUCACUUGUGCACUGGUUGGAUCUUAUGCUGUAAUUAUUACGGUUGGGGUAUAUGUCUACACCAGCUUGACAUUCAUAAUUCUCAAUAUUAUUAAAAGAGCAAUAUACCCAAAUUUUGCAAAAGUGGAGAGUGAUGCUCCUUUCCAGCGUACUGAUUACAUUCUGACCGCAUUAUGGGCUGUGCUGUUUGUUAGUGGUACAACAUUGCAGUUGAUUUUGGAAAGAAAUAGAUUACCUUUUCCACCCUGUCCAUAUGAUAACUGGAGGAGGAGGAGGAGACCUGCUGCCUUUGGAGAACGAACACCUUUGUUAAGGCCGCCUGAAAUAUGAUUCUGGACAGCAUUUUGCUGUAGCGUGUUAAUUUACUCAUCUCUAUAUUGUUUGGCCAUGUUGACAUUUAUGGAGUUCUACAUCAACUAUCUUCCAAAUGUAGAAUUGCAUUGUCUGUGGGUCUUUCAGGUUUUAAAUUGGGAUAUUCAUUGAAUUGGUUUUGGAGGAGCCUGAAAUAUAAUAAUUUUUUGAACUCAUUUGAAUUGAAUAUCUGCCACUUUAUUUGGAAGAAAAGGGGGAACCAUUUUUUUUUUUUUUUUUUGUUACUAACUGCAGGCUUGAAAUAAAUGUGUUUAUGUGUAUUUGGUAGCACCUAUUUUACAUUUUAAGAUAAUGCUACUCUUAAUUGUAUUUCUAUCACUUUCUUGCCCUUUACACCUGAACUGUACAAUUUCAUUCUAUUUUGUGAUACCUUGUAUAGUUGUAAUGUAAAAUGUCAAUUGUGAAAUACUGUUUCACAUGAAUUUAAUUUUUCUGAUUCACGUUUCUAAACUCCUGCAAAAAUGCUAUCAAAAAUAUUUUUUUAAUUAAAUGACUUGCCUUUCAUAUGGGUAUUUACAAAGUCACUUUCACUUCUGGAUCUGCAAUCAAUGAGCAAGUGUAGCGAGUAGAGUAGUUGACUCUGCUCUACAGGUUCAGUCUCUGCUUGGUGCUGAGUUAAGGAUCACGAUUAGGAUGAUAAUGAAGGGAUUGAUGGGUUCAUUGCCUUUGGAUCAAAGCCAGGGAUAUUGUUCAUGCUUUCCAUCUUGCUAGUCUGCAAAGUUGCUAUUGAAGGAACCUUUUGUCUGAUUGAUUAAACUGAUCUGGCAGACAAUGCUUAGAACAAGCAGGUACCAAUCAUUUCUGCCCAAUCUUUCAAUCUAGGCAGAACGUAUACUCCAUUGCUAAAGUGAAAGAUAAGGGUUUAAUCUAACAUAUAAUCCACAUUACAUUUAGCUUCAAUGGCACAAACUUCUGAUGGGGCAAUGGUCAUUACAACAGCAUGGUUUGGAGUUGUGUGUCUGGACUCUGCAGAAAAGUUCACCAACUCUGAACCACAGUCAGAUAUCAGAGGGUUCCAACUUGCUUAAACUUGUUUAGUUACCCAGGGAAGGUUGGUGGAAUUGAAACUUGUUUUAAUGCCCAAGCAACGAACUAGCUGAAACCCCCAACCCCCUCCCCCUGCAACACCAUGUCAGGCCAAACACCGUGACCCCUCAUCUAGACUGGAAUCUUUGAAAGAAGAAAGUUUUGGGAAACCUCAGCAGGUCUGACAAGAUUUAGGAAGUGGGAAAUAGCUGAUUUGAGUCAAAUAAUGUUUUGGAACAAAAAAUUUUCAGAAAAAUCACUUGACUCAAAACGUUAACCAUUACCGCAAGUAUGUUUCUAUUUAUGUUCUGUGUGGAACUGUAUUUGGCCUAAAGUACGAGAAGUAUUUGAGUUUCCAAAUCACAUGCACUUUAAAUAAAAUUUUAAAGUUUCUACUUGUA